AGAUGUAUAGAUGGGCGGAUGGGUAGGAGAAGCCUGCUUAUUUAAAGUGCGACAUAUCUGGGGAAAAUAUAUAUCUUGUUGUUUUAAGAAGAAAAAAAUUAAGAACGUUUUGUGCAUGAUGAACCAGACAUGACUGAACUUAACUCUCACAAAGAGUUGACAUAAAGCUUAUUUCAAUUGGAAUUUUAUUUUAUGGCGGCACCAAAAGUGACAGGUCUCUCUCCAAAAGAAGGGCCACCCGGAACUAAAGUGACUGUGAGAGGAGAGAAUUUGGGCCUAUCAUCACAGGAUGUUAAAAGUUUGACAAUAGGUGGAUUUGAGUGUUUGCUGUAUGUAGAAUGGAAGUCUCCCAGUAAGAUCAUUGUUCGUGCGACUGGGGGCAUUGAGGGAGGCGAUGUUAUUGUUACCACUCGUUCGGGUGGAAGAGGAACGUGUACUGUUCAGUUCCGAUACACCAAAUUGUCUACUGGUCCUACCAAAGAGUUAGCCGUAUGGGUGGACGAAUCCCACAUGCUACGGACAUCCUUUGGUCGGAACAGGCCAACUUCACCAUCUGAACUUCAUCCUAAUGAUCCCUUGGAGCUUUCUGAUGAAGCUAAUGUAGGCCGUUUUCCAGUAGAAGAGUUGCAUGAUACAUUUCCUGAUGGAUCUGGUAAUGUGUUAUCCGAGAACUUUGUUCCCAUGUGGUAUUUGCUAGAGAACCACCAUGGAGCCAGUUUUGACGAUUUGAAGGCUGGACUGACAUGCCUACGAAGAAAAGUUACGCAGCAUCAAGAAGGACCUUUAUCCUUCUUAAAAUCUAAUGUAAUGGCAAUUGUUGAAUGUUUCCAGGUCCUAGAAUCACUCCAAACAGCACAGAAGAAAGAUAAACAAGAAGUUGGUACUGACUUAACUGAGAAAUUAGAGGAGGCUGUUGUUAAAAGCAAGAAGGAAGCAGACUCAUUAUUUGAAGCUGUUCUUGCACGUAAAGACCGAGCUGAUGCCACACGGAAUGCUUUAAGUGCUCUCCAGCGAUUCAAGUUUCUUUUCAAUCUUCCUGCUAGCAUUGAGAGAAACAUCCAGAAGGGUGACUAUGAUGUUGUUAUCAAUGAUUAUGCAAGAGCUAAAUCCCUAUUUCAUAACACAGAAGUGGCCGUAUUUAGGAAGGUGUAUCAGGAAGUGGAACAGAGAGUUGAGAAGUUUCGAGAAAUGUUAAGUGAACGUUUGAAGAAGCUUCCCGCACCUGUAGAUGAACAGAAAAGGUUGAUCAGGUAUCUAGUAAACUUAGAAGUGGCUGGUGACCCUGCUUGGGAUCUGAUGUGCUACAUUCACAACUGGUUACAAGAUAGCAUGAACAGCUGUAAGGAGAAACAUCUUGUCUUAGCCAGUGGAGAAUCUGAAGAGAAUCAAAAUUUAAAUGAUGAUGAUUUAGAAAAUGACAUGCCCCAGGUAAUCAUGUUUGUGGAAGAAGUAGUGUCUUUGUUUGAAACACAUUUUCCUGACUUUUGGAAGUUGGGACAAGCAUACCUUAAUGGAGAACUCUACUCAAGAGAGGUUAAUGACUCAAGAGACAAAAAAGGUGUUCCCAAGAAUACUUCAUUUCAGAGAAUGGCAGUAAAUUGUGCAAUAAAGUUGUGCAACAUGGUGCGUGCAGCAUUACUUAGUCACACACUUAAGACACAGUCAGUACAACAAAGUCAGUUCUUAGGUAACUGGUCCCAGCUUCAAGCAGCUGAAGUCCUCAUAGCCUGGCUUCCACACAGCAUUAGGUGUAUCAGAGAGUGCUACUCCAGUUUACUGAAGUUGGAUCUACCUCAGGAAGUAUUGAAGCUCGUCCAGCAACUUCUUUUUGAUCUUCGUGUUCAUUCUCUGACUUGUCUUUUCACCCAAGCUGCAGAAGAUGUACGAAACUUUGAUGUCAGAGAGACGUGGAUUGUAGAAAUGGAUGAUCAGAAUGGUGGCACAACACAGUUGCCGCUUUUGUUUGAAAAUCGUGUGGUUGAGACUUUGCAGUUGGUGAGAGAGAUAGUUUUAAAGUCAGGCCAUCAGGAACAAGAGGUGUUCAGCCAAAUUAAUGUUCAGGCUACUUUGAAACAACUGACUCAGUCUUUACUACAUGCUUUUGUACAAGCAUUACGGAAGCUAGCCAACUCUGACCAGAAAACUGAAAUGUAUAAAGAGUAUUCGAAAGGACAACCAUCUGUUCUCUUGGAACAAGGUGGUGAUAAUAAUCACCAGCCACCACCACCACUAGUAAGAAUUAUCUUUUGUGCAAGUAAUAACGGAGCACAAACCAAGUUCAGGGAUCUGGAAAGAACACUAUCGGAUACAUACUUAGAGAGGAAAUGUGGUCCACUUGUGGGAAAGAUAGAGCCUAGCAUGUACAUUGGCCAAUUUGAUUGGACUUCAUUACCACUACCUACAGGUGUCAGUCUGUAUGUGAAAGAAACACUAAUGAACAUGAUUGAAAUCCAUGCAGAGGUGUUUGCUGUAUCUCCACCAUUUGUUAGCAAAGUCAUGACAAGGAUAGUGGAGGCAGUGGCUGAAGAGAUGGCCCGUCUCUAUGAGUGUGUUCACAAAUUUAGUCCGAAUGGUAACGUGCAG